AUGGCUGCUGCUCGGGCUGGACUGUCGACUCGUUCGGCGGGAGUGCGCAGGCUGCUGCAGGAGGCCAAGGAGCUCGAGAAGGACGACUGCCCGGACUUCGCAGCUGCACCGCUCGAGGACGACCUGUUCUCGUGGCACUUCACGAUCCGCGGGCCCGGCGGGGACUACGAGGGCGGAGUGUACCAUGGCAAGAUGAUCCUGCCGUCUGAAUACCCCUUCAAGCCGCCCGAGAUCUACAUGCUCACGCCGUCCGGCCGCUUCGAGGUUAACAAGAAGAUCUGCCUGUCCAUCUCGAGUUUCCACCCUGAGACGUGGCAGCCAUCCUGGGGCGUGCGGACGGCGUUGCUGGCUCUCAUGGCGUUCUUCGACACGGAGCCCAAAGGCGCAGUCGGAUCGCUCGACGCGCCUCCAGCCGAGCGCCAGCGCCUCGCGAAAGCAUCCCGAUCGUACCAGUGCACGACGUGCGGCUUCGAUGCAGGCGACUCGACCGCGUUCGCGUCCUUGCGCGCACCUCAGGAGGGGCAGCAGGCGAACGAGGUGGGUGAAGCAGCGGCGCAUGAUGCGGACAAGCAGGCGGACGUGAAGGUCGUUGCGGCGGAAGAGACGAGGGGAACUGCCCCAAAGUCUGCUUUCGCAGGUAGUGUUGGCGGCUCUGACGAGGAGGACGAGGCAGAAGGAACUGCAGAAGACACGCCCGCCGACUCGACCUCCUCGACAACCAUCUUCGCAACUUCGCCGCCCUCCUCCGUCGUCCGAUCGCCCUCCGGCGCUCGCGCUCCAUACGGCAGGCACCAUCAGCCUACCUCUCCCGGACACCCACCCCCAGCACACCGCCAUCCCGACACCUCCGCCUCGACCCCUUCGCUCGCCGGCCCCCUCGUUCCGCCUGGUGCGCCGCGACUUUCGCCUGCUCAUCUUCCUCCACGCCCUUCGUACGCCCCUGCGACUGCUCCUCCCCUUCGCUCGCCGCCGACUUCGCCAGCCGCGACGUCCCCUUCGCAUCCCUCGCCUUCCGCCUCUUCCGCCUCUUCCGCCUCGAAUGCUCCCGUCUCUCCUGCACCACCCGCACUUCCCGCCCUCCCGCCCGGCGUCACGCUCGCACAAGCAUCGCUUGAUCCUCUCUUCUCUCUCGCAUAG